UUCGACUUGUUUAUGGAGUCAGAACUUUCUUUUUUUUUAACGUCUAUUGAGAGCCAGAAUCCGGACCGGGUUCCAGCUUUGGGGACGCAACCAGGCUGCAACAACGGACGAGGUAAUCGGCGCUUCCAUGGACGAGGUAAUCACUGCUGCUGAUGCCUCAUCAAAUGGAUCUACAUCAUCACAGCCGUCCAUUCUUCCCUCCAAUCUCCCCCUCCUCUCUGCCUUCCUCUCCUGCGCUCUCGCCCAGUUUCUCAAGCUCUUCACCACCUGGUACAAAGAGAAACGAUGGGACUCCAGAAGAAUGCUAGGGUCAGGGGGAAUGCCCUCAUCGCAUUCGGCGACUGUGACGGCAUUGGCAGUUGCUAUUGGUUUCCAGGAAGGAACCGGAUCCGCAUUUGCCAUUGCCGUGGUUUUGGCAUGCGUUGUCAUGUAUGAUGCAACUGGUGUAAGACUUCAUGCUGGUCGUCAAGCUGAAUUGUUAAACCAAAUAGUGUGUGAGCUACCUCCAGAACACCCUGUUUCUAGUGUUAGACCUCUGCGGGAUUCUCUUGGUCAUACUCCAUUGCAGGUUCUUGCAGGUGCAGUGUUGGGAUGUAUUGUAGCUUAUCUCAUGAGAAGUUCCAGCUAGCAGAUGGUUAGUGAAACACAGCCUUUGGCGGUGAUUUGCAUUGUCGAAAAAUUCUCAACAUUCUUCCCCCCGCCGAUGGUGAAAGGAUUUAGCAAAAGCGAAGUUUGUACCCAGAAUUCAUCUGUAAAAUCUUUAGAAAUCGUGUUUAAUUUCUCUAAACAAUUGGCUGUAUGAUGAUCUGAUAGUUUGAUCCCGGGUAUAUAAAGAUGAUUUCCAGCUCGGAUA